GGUAGGAGGAGGGACUGAGGCGCAGGAAGCCGAGCAGGAAGCGAGCCCGGCGGCCGCGUUUUCCUGGGGAAGCGGCGGGCAGGGUGGCGCAGCCAGCAGGGAGCGGGAGCCGCCGCCGCCUGGAUGGGAUGUAAACAGUGACCUGUACCUUUGUUAUCAGUGAAGAAGACGGGUGGUGACUCAGAAAAGCUGUGCUGGAGACCAGUGGGGAGUCCCAGGUGCUGAACGUCUCCUCUAGAGCUCUGGAAGGCUGAAUGGACUAAACAUGAAGAGCUUGAAAGCCAAGUUCAGGAAGAGUGACACCAACGAGUGGAACAAGAAUGAUGACCGGCUGCUGCAGGCCGUGGAGAACGGAGAUGCCGAGAAGGUGGCCUCACUGCUGGGCAAGAAGGGGACCAGUGCCACCAAGCAGGACAGCGAGGGCAAGACCGCUUUUCAUCUUGCUGCUACGAAAGGACAUGUGGAAUGCCUCAGGGUCAUGGUCGCACAUGGCGUGGAUGUGACCGCCCAAGAUACUGCCGGACACAGUGCUUUGCACCUCGCAGCCAAGAACAGCCACCAUGAAUGCAUCAAGAAGCUCCUUCAGUCUAAAUGCCCAGCGGAAAGUGUCGACAGCUCUGGGAAAACAGCUUUACAUUAUGCAGCGGCCCAAGGCUGCCUUCAAGCUGUGCAGGUUCUAUGCGAGCACAAAAGCCCCAUAAACCUCAAGGAUUUGGAUGGGACUAUACCACUGCUUCUUGCAGCACAAAAUGGCCACAGUGAGGUCUGUCGCUUUCUCCUGGAUCACGGAGCAGAUGUAAAUUCCAGGGACAAGAACGGAAGAACUGCUCUCAUGCUGGCUUGUGAGAUCGGCAGCUCUAACAUCGUGGAAGCCUUAAUUAAAAAGGGUGCAGACCUAAACCCUGUAGAUUCUCUUGGACACAAUGCCUUACAUUAUUCCAAACUCUCAGAAAAUGCAGGAAUUCAAAGCCUUCUGUUAUCAAAAAUCUCUCAGGAUGCUGAUUUAAAGACACCAACAAAACCAAAGCAGCAUGAUCAAGUCUCUAAAAUAAGCUCAGAGAGAAGUGGAACUCCAAAAAAACGCAAAGCUCCACCACCUCCUAUCAGUCCUACCCAGUUGAGUGAUGUGUCUUCCCCAAGAUCAAUAACUUCAACACCUCUUUCGGGAAAAGAAUCAGUAUUUUUUUCUGAAGCACCGUUCAAGGCUGAGAUCAGUUCUAUACGGGAGAACAAAGACAGACUAAGUGACAGUACUACGGGUGCCGAUAGCUUAUUGGACAUAAGUUCUGAAGCUGACCAGCAAGAUCUUCUUGCCCUACUGCAAGCAAAAGUUGCUUCUCUUACCUUACACAAUAAGGAAUUACAAGAUAAAUUACAGGCCAGAACACCCAAGGAGGCAGAAGCAGACCUGAGCUUUGACUCUUACCAUUCCACUCAAACAGACUUGGCCCCAUCCCCGGGCAAACCUAGUGAGACCUCUCCCCCAGACGCCAGAUCAUCUCCAUCUGUCCUAACACAUUCCCUGAGUAAAUCUCCUAUCGACAGCGAUGUCAGAAUCCAGCAGCUGCAGGAGGUUGUACAGGACUUGCAGAAGAGACUGGAGAGCUCCGAAGCAGAAAGGAAACAGCUCCAGGCCAGCAGGACGGAGUCCGUGUGCUUAAACAGUGCGGAGAUUUCAGAGAACGGCUCCGACCUCAGCCAGAAACUUAAAGAAACGCAGAGCAAGUACGAGGAAGCUAUGAAGGAAGUCCUGAGGGUGCAGAAGCAGAUGAAACUGGGCCUGGUCUCGCCGGAAAGCGUGGAUACUUACUCACAUCUCCGUGAGCUAAGGGUCACUGAGGAGGAAGUGGAUGUGCUAAGGCGGGAACUCCAGGACGCCUUGGAAGAAAGUGAACGAAAUAAGGAGAAAGUGCGAGCGUUAGAGGAAAAGCUUGUGGAGAGGGAGAGAAGUGCGGUUCUUAAGCCACCCGUGGAAGAGUACGAGGAGAUGAAAAGCUCGUACUGCUCUGUUAUUGAGAACAUGAAUAAGGAGAAGGCAUUUUUGUUUGAGAAAUACCAAGAGGCCCAAGAAGAAAUCAUGAAAUUAAAGGAUACCCUCAAGAAUCAGAUGACCCAGGAGGCCGGUGACGAAGCUGAGGACAUGAAAGAGGCCAUGAACAGGAUGAUAGAUGAACUCAACAAGCAGGUGAGUGAGCUGUCCCAGCUGUACAAAGAAGCCCAGGCCGAGCUGGAGGACUACCGCAAGAGGAAAUCUCUGGAAGAUGUGACAGCUGAAUAUAUCCACAAGGCAGAGCAUGAGAAGCUGAUGCAGGUGACGGAUAUAUCCAGAGCAAAGGCAGAAGAGGCGCUGUCUGAGAUGAAGUCGCAGUACGCCAAGGUGCUGAGCGAGCUGACCCAGCUCAAACAGUCGGUGGAUGCGCAGAAAGAGAACUCCGUCUCCAUCUCAGAACAUUUGCAAGUGAUAACCACGCUGCGGACCACUGCCAAAGAGAUGGAGGAGAAAAUGAGCAGUCUUAAAGAGCACCUCGCAAGCAAGGAGGGGGAAGUGGCCAAACUGGAGAAACAACUCCUAGCAGAGAAGGCGGCUGUGACCGAUGCGAUGGUGCCCAGGUCUGCAUAUGAGAAGCUCCAGUCGUCUUUGGAAAGCGAAGUGAGUGUGCUGGCUUCAAAGUUAAAGGAUUCCGUAAAAGAGAAAGAGAAGGCCCAUUCAGAGAUGGCCCAGAUUAGAAGUGAGGUCUCACAGAUGAAAAGGGAAAAGGAAAACGUUCAGACUCUCUUGAAAUCCAAAGAGCAAGAAGUAAAUGAACUCCUGCAAAAAUUCCAGCACGCUCAGGAAGAGCUCGCGGAAAUGAAGAGAUACUCCGAGAGCUCUUCGAAACUGGAGGAGGAUAAAGACAAGAAGAUAAACGAGAUGUCAAAGGAAGUCACCAAGUUGAAGGAGGCCCUGAACAGCCUCUCGCAGCUCUCCUACUCCGCCAGCUCGUCCAAGCGGCAGAGCCAGCAGCUGGACGCGCUGCAGCAGCAGGUCAAACAGCUGCAGAACCAGCUGGCUGAAUGCAAGAAACAACACCAGGAAGUCAUAUCGGUGUACAGAAUGCACCUUCUGUAUGCUGUGCAGGGCCAGAUGGAUGAAGAUGUCCAAAAAGUACUGAAGCAAAUCCUUACCAUGUGUAAGAACCAGUCCCAGAAGAAGUAAAGCAGAUCCCUUGGCAGGACGCUGGCCCCUUGUUGUCCACCUUUGUGUUCAAUCCAGAGUUGUUGGCAACCACUGCCAUUGUUCUCAUUCGUGGUAUCACUGUGACCCUGAUAAUAGACUUGCUUCCUUUCCAAAGGCUUCUUUCUGAGGACUGGUUCCAGGAGAAGACCAUCGAUCUGAGAACUGCUUAGAGACUUCAGAGCAGCAGAGGUGAAGCCAGCCCUUCAGAUUCCAGAGCUGGGAUUGGCAAUGCCCAGGAGUCCGGUCCUAGUGCUGGCAGUGGGAAUCCUCCCCAGUACCUGCCCAACUGAGGGGCUUCCCCAUCACUGAGUGAUACUGACGCCGCCACGCAGUGAAGGCUGCCUCCAUUCGCACACUCAGGCUGUGCCGUUCAGCACAGCAGGGCUCUUUUUGCCUUUGGUUUCCAAUCCCCAAACAUGAUUUGAUUUCUAACCAAAUUAGUAUAGCACUGGUUGUGCUACGUACAGCACUGGUGCGUGCCUAAGACCCUUUAUCGUGAUAUCCUGUGGAUUUAAAAUCUCUAGUUCCAUCCUUUUCCCCCUCAAUCUGCCUUAUAUUUCUCAUCACCGUGCUUGUCAGUCUCCUAGCUUGAUGAGCACUAUUAACUAAAACAUGAAGUUUAAAAAAACAAAAGCAAGUUGCCCUUGAAAGUUCUUUUUAAGUAAAUCGCUGACAUAUUGCAAAUUUUUCUAUGCAAACUUGCCUCCUGCUGUUUGUUACCCACGAAGCUCAGGAAAUCCAAACAUUUGUGUUUCAACAAGGGACAGUAAACUGCGUGUUUACAGCCAAAAGAAAUGCCUCAUAGUUUUUAACCUCAAUUUUUUUAAAGUGUUUUUUUUUCUCUACCAUAUUUUUAUUGGCUCUUAAAGAGGUUUUCAUAUCUAAAUCCCUAAAUAGGUGAAAUUUACAUUAGACUAUAUUAACAAAAUAUUUUUUAGGUAAUCAUGCUUAAGACUUUUUUUUAAUGUAACUUUUUCCUCGGAGUUUUCAGCUAUAGCAAACGGUAGUUAUAUACUCCAAACUCAUGAACUGCCACCGAUACCCCUAGAUUUUUCUGCCGUCAUGUUCUUGCUCAGAACUGUAGCACAUCUCUGAAUGGAGUAAGUCGUCUUUAACCUGUUGAAUAUUUUUGAAUGCCCCAACAAUACCAGCACUCGUAAAUUAUCUCUGGAAGGACUGUUUUUCAACUUUAAAACAAAAAAAUCCUGGUAAGCGUUAUGGUGCCUAGCCGAGGUCUUGGCAGAAAACAUUUCUGUUCACUUUACUUUCAGGUGAAAAAUGUUUCUAACUUGCUUGCAGCUUCCCUUCCCUUAUGGCAUUGAUCUUACUGAGGGGUGUAAACGGAAUACAGAAAUCUCUAAAGUGUAUAACCAAAAGUGGAGGCCAGCUCUGAGAGGACCCAUGGGCCACUUGGCAGCGGUGGAUGGCGUGUUCAUCUGUGUUGGAUGAGGAACGACAGCAAAGCAAAAAUGGCUUUUGAGCUGGGUGUUACUGUCCUUAAGUUGUUUAGAGCUCAGCAACUUCUCGACAAUGCUCCAAAGAAAUGUGAAAGGACCUUUUGUCACAGCACUUAAGAAAACACAUAGCCACCCUCCACCUGCCCCCCUCCCCCCACAGAAAUGCUGCAGAGGGUAAAACUUGAGACAUUUUAUAGGAUGCCUGACAGAGUGUAGCCUUUUAUCUUGUUUCAGAAUGCAUAUUUAUUACAAGUACUCUGGUUAAAUAUUGAAAAGUUACAUGCUGUAGUUUAGCAUUUUUGCCUUUGUAAUUUACAGACAGGAUUGCAGAAAAUAAACUUCUGUUUCAUUUUGCA